AUGCAAUACUUUCUAGUGAUUGUUGCAGCUUUGCUGCUAUGCAAGACGCAUGCGCGACCGCAAGGACCUGCCACGGAGCCCAUCAAGAUAUUACGGCAGGAGCAGGAGGUGAACUUUGAUGGCUCCUACAAGUACAACUAUGAGACAGAGAAUGGCAUUAACGUCGAGGAAGAGGGUUAUCUCAAAAAUGCUGGCACCGAUAAUGCAGGACCGGUCGCUCAGGGCUUCUUCUCGUAUACAGCGCCGGAUGGCACACCCAUACGGAUUACCUAUGUAGCAGAUGAGAACGGCUUCCAGCCACAGGGCGAUCAUCUGCCCACAGCUCCGCCCAUCCCGCCAGCUAUACAGAGGGCCUUGGAUUACAUAGCCACAGCACCACCGCAACCAGCUGAACAGCAGCAAAGCGCCUACACCGCACGCAGAGGCUAAUUCCCUUGAGCGUGGAGAGACAUAGAGAGUAAUAGAGAGGAGAAGCAACUAUAAAUGCUAAUAAAUGCUAAUUUGUUAA